AUGCUACGACGAACAAUUCCACGGGCGACUGCACGCCCGCCACAGUUACUGCGCAGAUCACACCAGCGCCGCUAUGCAACAGAGCCCAUCGCGCCCCCAGCCUCCUCCCAGUCGCGCAUCGAGCGCUUCAAUCGCCGCCUACCAAAAUUCCUGCACAAGUACACCAAUGCACUCGGCAACGCACCAGUCACACACAUAACGUCAUUUCUCAUCCUCCACGAACUCACGGCCAUAAUUCCCUUGCUCGGGCUCGCGGGAUAUUUUCAUUACACGCACUGGCUACCGCCGUGGUUCGCCGAAGGGGCUUGGAUUGCUUCGGGAGUUGAGCGCUUUGGUCGCUACUUCAAGCGCAAGGGCUGGAUACGUAGUGACGAAGCCCUGGAGGCUGAACGUGAAGUCGACGAGAUCCAGAAAGAUGACAAGCAGCGGAAAUGGAUGAAGGGUAGCGGUUUGCUGUCGGCAUCAGACGAUGACGGGAUUGGCAGCGAGACAAAGAGAUUGAGGAAAGUGGAUCAGGCUUGGAACAUCAGUGAAGGUGGUGUCAGACUCGUGGUCGAGUUCGCGACUGCUUACACCAUUGUCAAGAUGUUCUUGAUUCCAAGAAUUGUGUUCAGCGUUUGGGCUACACCGACCUUUGCAAGAUGGACGGUUUCCCCAUUUCUGAAGACGUUUCGCGGCAUGUUCAGGAAGAAGGGAAAGAGCACUGAAGCUGUCAAGGGAGGCGCUGCACCCAAGACUGGUAGUGGAAAGAGUACGUGA